AUGUCUUCUUCUGUCUACGCAAACCUAAUAGCUUUCCAAGCCUCUGACGAUGGUCGUGGGUUCAUGAAGGGCAAGGACAACGUUAGCACUGACGGUAUGACACGCAUCUUGGAUAUCCCCAAGACUCAACCGAGACGAUGCUUUCGAAGAGGUCAUUCGAAGGCUGGGUAUCCGUACGUGGAGACUAAGGGUCAAGCAGGUCAAGGCCAGCGGAGGGUCAUGAAUGAGCUCUAUGUCACUUUUGACUGUACCUCGAACAUCAUUGAGGCUGUUCUAUUAGUGCGCCAGCCAUCGGCUUCAGCUAGUGCGAUUCGCAUGGUUAGCAUCACGCUCGGUCUCAUUUAA